UUUCUAGAAACUUUUCUCCUAACUUCAUAUCUUCAAUGCAUCAAAAUUUUUUAGGGGAUUUGGAACCGAGAAACUGCGCAACUGAAGUCAUGAUAAUGAUAAUCCACUUGAAAUCGUUUAAAAAACGUUUCGUUUCUGCAUAAACUCGAAGCGGUUCGACCUUGCCUCACCCUUCAAAAGGCAGGGGCAUCCCACACACUUGUCGAAGGGGAAGAACGAUGGAGGAGGGAGGAAAGACGGAGAAGUCCAGAGAGACCCGCCGGAGGCGAAUCGUUGACAGGGGAACCGAUCGUCUUGCUUUUAUUACCGGCCAGAUCUCCUCCAUUCCUGCCACCCCGACACCACCACCACCACCUCCACCGCCAACAACGCCAAAAACUUAUGAGGCCAUGAGACCGUCAUCUCCACGACCACCGCGGCCACCACCAUCGAUUCCAACAAUACCAAUAGCGGAAACAAUAACACCGCCGCCGGCUCCAUCACGACCAAGCAUUCUCCACAGACUCGAGGAACAAGAGGGGCCGAAACUCCGGUCUCGGCGGGGAGAUAUGCUGGUUGAGCAAGACAACGAUGAAGCAGGUAGUGGCUCCAUUUUGAAUCAUGUAGAGAAGCUAGAGGACAUAAGCAGUACACUGAAUUCAGAUGAUAAUGUGCAGCCGUUGGUCCCUCCCGUUCACUAUUCACGAGGCCCUACUGCCACAAUCCAUCCUGCCACCGCGAUUCAUCUUCCUAAUGUAUUCACAGCAAAACAAAUUGUCUCCGCCAUUUCUGCUACUGAGAACGUUCGUGCCACUUGUGCUGUUGUUGCUGCACUUCUGGUCAUCAUUGCAUCUAGUCACGAGACCUCUCUGAUUGCUGCCAUCGUAAGAUGGUUCAUCCCUUUUCCACUUUAUAUGUUUCUGUUGACUGAUAUAACUAUUGUUCUUGGGCAUGCGUUCUCUAAUGGAUCCGAAAGCGGAGUACGUGAAGGAAGAAGGAAUGUUGGUGCUGAUGAAUAUGGUUUCUCAGGUCAACUUGAGAAGGCCUUGGAUGUGGGUUGGGUUACGUAUAGUGCAAUCAGUGGAUUAUUCAUGGAUUCUAGCAUAUACGCAGUUCUAAUGGUAUGUGGACUGUCCUUGGUUCAGUGAUGGUCUUAGCAUUUUACAUUUUCCUGUAAUUUUGACAUGAUUGUCUGCAACCUUGUCUACAAAUGUUUCUUGUUAAAUAAACUAUCCAAGAAUGCAAAAAUGCACGGUUUGAUCCGUGAGUUAUAUUUAGUAAUGAAAAGUUUUGCUAAUUUGAUC